GCCCGCGCGCCCACGGCUCACACCGCAGAGGGACCUCGCGCUCCACCUGCGCCUGCUGACCGGUCUCCCGCCGACGAUCGCCACGGAUCCUCUUGCCUUGCGCACACGAGACAACCUGCGCUUUGCUUGUUUUUCUUCUUUUUAAGCCGUGGAAGUAUUUUUUUUUUCUUCUUCUUCUUCUUCUUCUCCCCCUUUUACGCGAGGAACGCGGCGCGCAGCCUCAACGGGGAGCGAGCUCGACUUUUGGCAGACAUGUGCGUGAGAUCAGACCGUCGCUUCAAGACCCUCCUCGCGGUUUGGGUUCUCGCCGCGGCCACGGCCACGGCCAACGGGCGAGGACCAACGGGAAGCAAAGGCGUCGGCACGAGAACUCUGGACCCAGGGGGCGACCUCUACACACACUCACCGACACGGGACGGGGAGAGAGAAGUCCACCUGGUUACCACUGUCUCACCAAUGAACAUCCCCAACCACCGGCCGGCCUUCAAGGACCUGCAGCUUCAUGAGCACCUGCUCACCAGGGACUUCCAGGGGGACCAGCAUUUUUUCAGGAGGGACGGCUCUGUGGCUGCAUAUCCCACCAUGCCCGGCUCCCUGUCUGCCUUGGACGCAGGAGACCCUGCGACUCAACUGGUGCCCCACGAGGAUGCCCCGGCCUUCUCCGACAUUGCCACCACUGCCACGCAGGCAGCCACGUCUGCGCUGACCGCAUUUACUCCCGCACCGCCGGGGCCACCCGUUUCUCUCCCACAAAAGAAGUCCUCUGAGCAGAAGACGGACUUGCUCGAGCCAACAACAGACUCGCUCACCACUCAAGUGACGCCAAACAACAGAGGAUCAGGCAGCGAAAACAACCCGGCGGCUUCCUCAACCUUGCAGAGGAGUCAGCCCCAAAGUGUCCUUCCUGGCAUCCCCCUUACACCCUUCUCGGUGAUGAUGGAGAAAGGGGAAGCAAGUGAACAACCACUAAAAUACAAAACCAGCCCGGAUCAUCCGCUCCCCAAGCAAACGGAGGCGUCCCGAGUAGAAGGUACCACCACAACGACCACAACCGUCAUCACAACUACCACCAUCACCAUCACACAGACGUCAGAGUCAUGCGGCUUGAAUUUCACUGACCCUGAGGGCAACAUCGAAAUCCUGCAGCAACUUGACUCUGGAGUGGAGUGCAACUACUUGGUAACGGUGUACCUGGGAUAUGGCAUCGAGGUUCAGGUGCUAAACGUGAGCGUGUUGAAGGGAGAGCAGGUGACAGUGGAGGACACGGGUGGCCGAGAACCCUUCAUCCUCGCGAACGAGUCGGUCCUGAUGAGGGGCCUCGUACUGCGCAGCUGGAGCAACCAGAUCUCCAUCCGAUUCCGCAGCGACCAACAGCGCAACUCAGGAUUCCUCCUGCUUCAUUACCAAGCUUUCGUGCUCAGCUGUGCGUUCCCCAUCGAGCCCGCCGGCGGAGAUGUUUCAGUGACGCACCUCCACGCCGGAGGAGAGGCCUUCUUCCGCUGUUUCACCGGCUACAAGCUGCAAGGCCCCAAAAUGCUCACCUGUCGCAAUGCAACUACACCCUACUGGAGCGGAAAGGAGCCCCAGUGUGUGGCAUCCUGUGGGGGAAUGAUAAAAAAUGCUACCUACGGCCGCAUCGUCUCCCCUGGUUUCCCUGGCAACUACAGCAACAAUCUGACAUGCCACUGGGUCCUGGAGGUCCCCGAAGGCCACCGGCUUCACAUUCACUUUGAGAAGGUGGCUCUGGCAGAGGAUGAUGACAGGCUGCUGAUUAAGAACGGCAACAACAUCGACUCUCCCCCCGUGUACGACUCCUACGAGGUGGAGUAUUUGCCCAACGAGGGCGUGCUCAGUACGGGACGCUACCUGUUCAUCGAGUUCACCACAGACGGGACAGUAACCUCCACCGGUGCGGCCAUCAGAUAUGAAGCUUUUGCGAAAGGCAUGUGCUACGAGCCCUUCGUCAAAUAUGGCAACUUCAGCAGCAGUGACUCCACUUACGGCGCGGGCACCGUGGUGGAAUUCUCAUGCGACCCCGGCUACACGCUGGAGCAAGGCUCCGUGGUGAUCGAGUGUGUGGACGCACAAAACCCACAGUGGAAUGAAACUGAGCCAGCCUGCAGGGCCGUGUGCAGCGGGGAGAUCACCGACUCCGCCGGCGUGGUGUUGUCUCCCAAUUGGCCCGAGGCCUACGACAAGGGGCAGGACUGCAUCUGGGGCAUCCACGUGGAAGAGGACAAGAGGAUCAUGCUCGACAUCCAAGUUCUCCACGUGGGUAAGAACGACCUGCUGACCUUCUACGACGGCGAUGACCUCACGGCCAACAUCCUGGGUCAGUACAGCGGCACGCGGCCACACUUCAAGCUCUACACGUCCAUGGCUGACGUCACCAUCCAGUUUCAGUCAGAUCCUGCCACCAACAUCUACGGCUACAACAAUGGCUUUGUGGUUCACUUCUUUGAGGUGCCGAGGAACGACACCUGCUCCGAGCUGCCGGAGGUCACCAACGGCUGGAAGAGCACGUCCCACCCCGACCUGAUCCAAGGCACCGUCAUCACCUACCAGUGCUAUCCCGGGUUCGAGCUGGUUGGCUCCGAGAUCCUCAUGUGCCAGUGGGAUCUCACGUGGAGCGGCGACGUGCCCAAGUGCGAGGAAGUCAUGACGUGCCGGGAUCCCGGUGGUGUGGAGCACAGUCGCAAAGUGAUCACCGGCAGCCGCUUCACUGUGGGAUCCACGGUGCAAUUUGUCUGUAACAAAGGCUACGUGCUGUCCGGCAGCAGCCUCCUCACCUGCUACAACCGAGACUCGGCCACGCCCAAGUGGAGCGAGAGGCUGCCCAAGUGUGUCCCUGAAAAGUACGAGCCGUGCCGGAACCCCGGCGCCGCCUCCACCAGCGUGCAGAGCUCGGAGAAGGCCUUUUACCAGGCCGGAGAGACGCUGGGCUUCUCCUGCCACUCAGGCUACGAGCUGCAGGGCGAGGCCACCAUCUACUGCAUCCCUGGACACCCGUCGCAGUGGAACAGCACUCCGCCCGCAUGCAGAGCAUCCACAACCCAGUAUGUGAACGAACGCCGGCUGGACGUGGUUGAUAGGGAUUAUGCCAUGGAGGGAACCAAUAUUGCCCUUGCAGUUUUGAUUCCAACCGCAAUCAUCUUGGUGGUCGUCCUUGGGAUUUAUGUCUACUUUGCAAAACUGCAGGGGAAGUCGGUCCGAAUGCCAACGUCCUCGCCGCCGUACGACAACAUGACAGAAGAGUCAGCUUUCGACAACCCCAUAUACGAGAGUGGACAGAGGGCGCCCUCCACCUCAUCUUUCCCCACCAUAUUCAUCAUCUGUGAUAACUGGUGGUAUCAAAAAUCUGAAGAAGGAACAAGUUGCCCUCACCUUACUCAGACGUCAGAUAUCAUUUACAUCCUGGACUUCCAUACUCCAUCCACUUGGAUGAGUAACUGGAACCCUACAUGUGUCAGAUGUCACAAACAUGGUGGUACAGUAUGUUAUCUCCUUGUCAUAUCUCAUGCAUGUAUCACUCAUCAUCACACUGCAUUCACACAGGUGGGUAAAUGUGCAUUUACAGUCUAAACUGCUCUGCACAAAUAAAAUUGUGUUUUUAUGUAUUUAUUCAAAAAAAGUAUCAUUCUUCCAAAGAUGUUAUUCAUUUAAAAUGAAUAGCCGGGCCAAUUAUAGAAAUGGCUGUUUAGAUUUGAAAAUCCUGAGCCGCAAUUUCAUCCUUUUAUUGUAUUUACCAGUGUUUAUGCUUCUCACUAACUGAUAGGUCACUACAAUAGAUACAGUACUACAAGAUAUAGCCAUAUGCUGCCAUGUGACUAGUGACUAUAGGGAUAUACUUUAAGUCUUCUUCUGUUCUUGAUUUUUUUUUUACUGUAUGUGCUGCUUUCAAUUGCAAUGGAUGUUUCCUCAUCUUUUUUUCCUCCCCCUGCUCCCUCAGCACUGGCAGAGUCAUUCUAGAUAUUAAACCCAGUCAGUCUGCCCCCACUUUGGCUGUACUGCAGAAUGCUGAGGUGAGAUCUCCUUCUGCCGCUGACAGCACAUCUCGCUCACUGUGCCCCUGAUCCGUCCAACACAUAUCUUUGACAACGUCUCCCAACCUCCCCCCCAACACACACACAUAUUUUUCUGCAGCAGUUGUGGUCGUGCUCCUAUUUGUCCCUUGCUCUUAAAGCGACAUGUUUUACAUUAAGUGUAGGGGUUUAUAGAAGACCACAACCACUGGUUGGUGAGAAUCAUGAGAAAUGUGCCCUAUUGAGAAAUAUGAAUAAUGUUUGUUUACGCCUAACAUGAAAGGAUGAAAUAAAAUGAACUAUUUUUUCAAACUUUUUUAAAGCUGAUAAGGCUUUAAGUGUACAAUAACAUUUCAAUAUGCGUUUGUAACGUAAUUGUCACAUGCACACUAGUCAUAUUUUGUGGAAAGUGUUUUUUGCGGCACCUUACUCAAGGAUAAAUAACUGAUAACCAUUUCGUUUGAUCCAGUAACUGAAGUAGCCCACAGAUGGAUAAGAAUAAAUCAAGAAAGAAAAGAUGAAAAUCUGUCAAAAAGAUAAGAAAUAAUUUAAAAUAAACACAGGAAACAUUGGUUCAGGACAACCGAGUAGUCAAAUCUGUUUGAAUUGCAAAGACGACACAUGAUAUUAAGUAUUAAUGGCAAUGAUGAUUAUGACAACUGAUAGUUGUGCACCCUAAAGUAAAGUUGUUUCUACGUCAUUUCCAUACUGAAUUGUUGCCACCGUAUUGUAUAUGUUCUUAUUUUAGGUUUAGUAAUUACGUUAUACGUACACAUAUAUCUGUACUAUAAAGAUCUUGUCUUUUUAUUUAAACUCACAAAAGAUAAAUUUGUAUCUACAAUGCUGAUUCAGAAAGAAAACCAUUAAAAAUGUACACUGUAUUUGUUGUAAUCUUGCACAGUUAUUUGUAUGUAAAUGAGGAGCUUAUAAACAUCUGCAUGUAUUGUUUUAUUUACACUUCAGAAAUUAUAGCGUCCUGUUUUUGACUGAUUUGUUUGUCUGGUCUUUACAGGACAAAUGAAAAAGAUUUAAGAGGUGUCCCAUUUAAAGACCCUAAAGCAAACGUUGCUCAAGCUUUGCCUUUUGGGAGCCUCUCUGCACUGCUCAUCUUUUCCUCUUUUUUUAUUUUUUUUCUCACAAAUUGUAUUCUUUCCAUUAUUUCCCUUUUAUGUGAAUGACUGUAAAUAUGUCCUUGUUCCCACGGUCGAAUCUGUGAAUCUGUGGGUCACCAUGGUGAUAUUUUUAUAAAGUAAAUUGCCGAUGACCGUUGGUGAUUGUAUGUUUUUGAGAACGUUUUUGAUGACCUAGCCCAGGAGCAGUUAAGAGAUCACGGGAAAUUGUGCUUCGGUUGUUGAGAUCUGUUGGAUUCAAAGUCCCCAUCCCCCAACAUUCUUUGGAAAACAUGCCAUCAUCACUUUCUUUUUGUGUGUGUGUGUCUGUGUGUGUGUGUGUGUGUGUGUACGAGUCUGCUCUUUGUAAAUAAACUGCCUGUCCAAUAUGAGUGCCUCACGACUGACUAUAACCUGAGAAAUCACACGUGAAAAUGUUUGUGAAUCUUUCACUCGACUAUUGUUUUGUGCCUGACAUUCUCAGCACUGCGAAUGUGCCCAUCAGUCUUCUCCCUCACACACAAAUACCAAAUGAUGCUGGAUAUUUACCUACGAGCCGACGGCUGGUGAGAGGAUCCGGGUUCUCACAUGGGACCCCAUCAGCUCUGCUUAGCUUUGGUCUCAUGUCACACUGUCAAGUCUGCCUCAAAGAAUAUGUAGCAGCUAGUUCAUUUGUGUGUGUGUGUUCCUACAUGUGGCUGCACCUUCACAUUAGCAGAACCUGAUACAAAAACACAUUGAAAUCCAGGGGUUACAAAAGUCAACUACAUUAUUUUACCAACGUAUCAGUGCAGACUGUCGCAAGUCAACAAAUGUUUUUUUUAGUGUGUUUGUCACAUUAUAAUGAUGCAUCUGCUUGUUUUAAUUUUGUAGAUAGACCUCACGUGAUUUGUGCACAUCCUUUACACACUCUAACAGAUCUUUCUUUCAGCAGCACAGCUGGUGCGACCACACCCAGGAAACGAAAGUCACCUUCAUAUAUCUAUAAUCCUCUGAUAAAUAAUAAAGUGAAUUGUUGUUUAUAGUA